CCUCUUUUCUUUGUCUAUCGUCUCUGGCUCAAAUAGUACCCUGUGGUGGACUCUUCGACCAUGGCCGAUUUCGUCGACCCCCGGAUGACCAGCGUCAAGCCUCGCAUCCGCUACAACACCAUUGGAGGUAUCAACGGACCGCUGGUCGUUCUGGAUAAUGUCAAAUUCCCCCGUUACAAUGAGAUCGUGUCUCUGACCCUCCCUGAUGGGACCGAGCGGUCGGGUCAGGUUCUGGAAGCUCGAGGAAACCGAGCAGUCGUUCAGGUGUUCGAAGGCACGUCUGGCAUCGACGUUAAGAAGACGAAAGUCGAGUUUACCGGUCACAGCUUGAAGCUCGGUGUCUCUGAAGACAUGCUGGGUCGUGUGUUCGAUGGCUCCGGUCGCGCGAUUGACAAGGGCCCCAAGGUGCUGGCGGAGGACUACCUGGAUAUCAACGGCCAACCUAUCAACCCUUACUCCCGAGUAUACCCCGAAGAAAUGAUCUCCACUGGUAUCUCCGCUAUCGACACGAUGAACUCCAUUGCCCGUGGCCAGAAGAUCCCCAUCUUCUCUGCCGCCGGUCUGCCACACAACGAAAUCGCCGCCCAGAUCUGUCGUCAGGCUGGUCUGGUGAAGCGCCCCACCAAGGACGUCCACGACGGACACGAGGAGAACUUCUCCAUCGUCUUCGCCGCCAUGGGUGUGAACAUGGAAACGGCCCGUUUCUUCACCCGCGACUUCGAGGAGAACGGCAGUAUGGAGCGCGUGACGCUCUUCCUGAACUUGGCCAACGACCCUACGAUUGAACGUAUCAUCACCCCUCGUCUUGCGCUGACCACGGCCGAGUACUAUGCCUACCAGCUGGAGAAGCACGUCCUGGUCAUCAUGACUGAUCUGUCUGCCUACUGUGACGCUCUGCGUGAGGUCUCGGCUGCUCGUGAAGAAGUCCCGGGUCGUCGUGGUUACCCCGGUUACAUGUACACUGACUUGUCGACCUUGUACGAGCGUGCCGGUCGUGUGGAGGGCCGUAACGGAUCCAUCACACAGAUUCCUAUCUUGACGAUGCCUAACGACGAUAUCACUCACCCCAUUCCCGAUUUGACUGGCUACAUUACGGAGGGACAGAUCUUCAUUGACCGUCAACUGUACAACAAGGGUGUCUACCCGCCCAUCAACGUGCUGCCGUCGCUGUCCCGUCUGAUGAAGUCGGCUAUUGGUGAGGGCCGUUCCCGGAAGGAUCACUCGGAUGUGUCCAACCAGUUGUACGCCAAGUACGCCAUUGGUCGUGAUGCUGCCGCCAUGAAGGCUGUCGUCGGUGAGGAGGCCCUCUCCUCCGAGGACAAGCUCUCGCUGGAGUUCCUGGACAAGUUCGAGCGGACCUUCAUCAGCCAGUCGCCGUACGAGUCGCGCACGAUCUUCGAGUCGCUGGACAUCGCGUGGAACCUGCUGCGGAUCUACCCCAAGGACCUGCUCAAUCGUAUCCCCAAGCGUGUGCUGGAUGAGUUCUAUGCGCGGUCUGCGCGCAAGAUCGCCAACAAGGACACGCGAGACAACACUGUGGCGGAGCAGACCCAGGGCGAGACUGCGGAUCUGAUUGAGACGUGAGUGGAUAGCUAGGUUUGCGAGUUGCGUGUUUUCUGCUGGUACUUGAUUGUGUUUGUGAUGCUGUUACUACGGCCUGCAUAUAUUCGCGUAGUUGUAUAUCAUUGCAGAAUUUUGUGGAUGGGCUUAGUCUAUGUAGUCUGUUGUAUCUGUUGCAUCUGC